ACUUACUAAGAUUUCAUUUUUCGAUGAGCAUUGGUGACUGUGCAAGCGUAUAGGCACGUUUUUUCAAUGGACGCAAUUGGUUACGCAGCUGAAAGCGUCUAGAUUGUCGGUCGACUCUCUGAUGACUAGCCCCAGUCGAUUUUUGAGUUUCGUAGCGAGUAGAAUGUGCCAAAGGAUGUUCUCCUCCAAGUAUAGUUAUGAGGAAGCCAUACAGAAGCUGAAUUUGCUUCAGUCAAAUAAAUCAACCAUUGAACAGAUCAGAAGAGAUAUUAAAACGGGUCAAAAAUGCGCAAACUUAGAAAACAUGGAGAAUUACCUUUUGAGGACUGGAGUACCUCUGACUAGACUGGAUGAACUGUCUGUGAUACAUGUUGCCGGGACCAAGGGAAAGGGUUCAACAAGUGCAAUGUGCGAAUCGAUACUACGCGCGCACGGGUUUCGUACAGGGUUGUACACGUCGCCACAUUUAGUGGCAGUACGUGAGCGCGUUCGGCUAGAUGGCGCUGUUGUCACGCAGGAAAAGUUUGCUAAGCAUUUCCAUGAGGUCUAUGAUGUUUUGUACAGUUCACAG